UUGAUUAUUAAAAAUAUUAUACUUACAUAAAAAUGACUGAAUCUAAAGAAAAUAAUGAAACUGCUGGUGGUCCUCACAUACCGGAUUGGUUAACUGAAGAACUAUUUGUAAAUAUUUUAAAAGAAAAAUUCCCAGAAUUCCAAAAAAUACAAGAAUUUGAUAUUGUGCCGGCUGUUGGCACAGGAGAGAAUUAUAUGACGAUUUUAUUACGAGUAAAUAUUGACAUUGAACUAAAAGAUGGUUCCAUAACUCAAACAUCAUAUAUAGUCAAGUUACAGCCAAAAUCGAUUGAAAUGCAAGGACUAUUAAAAAUAUGGCAAGUGUUUGAAAAAGAAGAAAAUACUUAUACAAAAUAUUUGCCAGCUUUUGAAAAACUCUACAAAGAUGCUGGGAAAGAAAUUAAAUUUGCGCCAAAUAUAAUUCUACUAAACAGUGCAAUAUCUGAUCCAGCUAUAAUAAUGGAAGAUUUACGUAUAAGGAAUUUUAAAAAUGCCAAAAGACAGGAUGGUUUAGACAUAGAACAUACAAAAGCCGCCUUAGAGAAACUAGCACAAUUUCACGCUGCCUCAGCAUGUUACUAUGAAAACAAUGGACCAUAUCCUGAUAUGUAUUUACAAUGCUUAUGUGGCAAUAUGGAUCUGUAUGAAGAGUACAGAAAUAAUAUGGUGAAUUUAUUUUGUCAAAAUUUGGAAUUAUACGAUGCCAAACCUAUAGAGGAGAAAUUUAGAAAAUUUGCUGCCGAAGUACCAGAUCAAUUUCAAGCGGUAUCCAAACCUCUACCUGAAGAAUUUAAUGUACUGAAUCAUGGUGACUGUUGGUCGAAUAAUAUAAUGUUUCAAUAUAAUGCAGAGGGUAAAAUAAUUGAUACGCAUUUCGUUGACUUACAAAUGAGUCGUUAUGGGUCACCGGCACAGGAUUUAAAUUACUUACUGUUAUCUUCAACCUCUUUGGAGCAUAAGGUGAAGAAGUUUGAUUAUUUCCUUUAUUUUUAUCAUGACAAAUUGGUGGAAAAUUUAAAAUUAUUAAAUUAUACCAAACCAAUUCCAACACUAAAGAAAUUACAUAUAGAAAUGCUGAAAUAUAAUGAGUGGAUUUUUGCAGUGUUACUCAAUGUAAUGCCAGUUGUACUGUUUGAGCCCUCGAAGAAUGCUAAUUCGGAGAAUUUAAUAAGUGAAAAUGAAGAAGGCCAGAAUUUAAAAAUAGCUAUGUUUAGAAAUAAGACUUAUGCAGCGCAUGUAACACAAUUAAUACCUUGGCUAGAUAAACGUGGUCUUCUGGAGUAUUUACCAAAUUUAUGCUUUUUAUUUAAAUUUAAAAUGGGUGCGCGUAAAUCAAAAUCUAGCUACGUUGUAUCUAAUCAAGAUUUCACUUAUGAAGGAUCAACAGCGACAUCAGCACCAACGACACAGCCUGCACCAAUAGUACAACCUGCCGUCGAAGAAAAUCGAACACCAGUCACAGCAACUACAGUGGAAACACGGCAUGCAGAGAAUACAGAAGUGAAACUACCAGAGAUCGAUAUGAGUGUAGUGCCCACUUGGUUGACCGAAGAAUACUUCGUAGAUAUACUCAAAGAAAAUGUACCUAAUUUCGAUAAAAUUACCGAUUUCAAAGUGAAGCCAGCAUUGAGACCAGGUGAAAAUUAUGCCACCCUUAUGCUGCGUGUAAAUAUUGAAGUAGCAUUGACAGAUAAAAACAGCAAAGCUAUUUCGUAUAUGUUGAAAGUGCCUCACGAUACUGAACAAAUGAGACAAAUGGCAGCAUUAAUGAAUAUGUUCAUACCAGAAAACGAAAUGUAUUUCGAUAUUGUUCCCGAACUUGAAGAAAUGUAUAAAGCAGUGGGCUUGGAAAUAUCAUUUGGUGCUAAGGCUUAUAAGUUUAAAAAACAACCAAUUACCGAUACUGUUUUACUCGAAGAUUUAGGUCCGCUAGGCUACAAAAAUCGUGAUCGCUUGCUUGGAUGCGAUGUGGAGCACACUCAUUGGGUUCUCAAGAAAUUAGCACAAUUUCACGCGGUUUCUGCCACACGCGUAGCUACUAGAGGACCAUUUUCCAAAAUAAUUAUGGAAGGAUUUUUCGAUGUCGCAAGGCCAAUUUUUGAUACUAUGAUGAAAUCAUUUACAGAUCAAUUUUUAUCUUGUAUUAAAUGUUAUGAAAAUGGAGAGUUUUAUGCACCAAUCAUAAAAUCAUACUUUGACAAAAUAGCAGAAUAUUCCGGUUUUUUCGUACCAGAUCCAAAUGAAUUUAGUGUUAUUAACCAUGGAGAUUGCUGGUCUAAUAAUAUUCUAUUUCAAUAUGCAAAUGAUGGCAAAAUAUUAGACACAAAAUUUGUUGAUCUACAAUUACCUCGAUAUGGUUCACCUGCUCAAGAUUUGAACUACUUUCUACUGACUUCCACUUCCCUUGAUAUUAAAUUGAAUCAAUUUGAUCAUUUUCUACGCUAUUAUUAUGAUAAUUUAAUCGAACAUCUUAAAUUGUUAAAAUAUCCCAAAGACAUGCCAACAUUAAGUGAGCUACACGUACAAAUGCUUAUGUAUAGCUUUUGGGGAGUAAGUGCUAGUAUAACAACAUUACCUGCUGUGUUAUUAGAUCCAACGGAAAAAGCCAGUUUUGAUAAUUUUUUGUCAGAUGGUGCCGAAGGUGUAGAAUUCAAAAAUUUGCUUUUCUCCAAUUCUCGAUAUAUCCAACAUAUAUCGAAAAUAUUACCUUGGUUCUAUAAUCGUGGUUGUUUGGAACCAUUUACAAAUAAACCACUCACUGCAAUUCAAAUAUCAACGCCAGUAGAAAUUUUACAAGUCACUGAGACCUCUGUUGAAGUACCCGCCGUUACGUCGGCGAAUGACCAACAAGCAAAACCGAAGUACCCAGCAUGGGUAACAGAAACCGUCAGUAGUAACUCUGUCAAAGAAACUUUCAAACAAAACAAAAAUUAA